AUGUAUGCACCGCGUGCAAAAUUUGAACGUAUUUAUGUUGUAUCACCAAUUAAAGUAGCAAUUAUUUUUCUAACAAGUUUACAUUGUUUAUUUUUAUUCGUUGCAUUUUUAACAUCAUUUUGGAUACAAACAAAUCGUGGUCAUUAUGGUCCAUUAUAUAGUUGUGAAAAACGUUCCCAUUCGAAUCAUGGUUUUAUAACAUCAAUAACAAUGGAAUGUCAUCAAAAUGGAUUUUUGUAUGAUACAAAAAUUUUCUCAAUACCAUUAACAAUUAUAUUAUUAAUUGUUUCAUUUUUUUUAUCGUUUAUAUCGGUUAUAACAGCAAAUCUAUCAUUUGUAAGAAAAACAUUUUCAACUCGUCAUCGAUAUUGGUUAUGUACAAUUCUAUUACUUCUAUUUGCUACACUCAUUGAUUGUUUUAUAUUAGUUUUUAUUCCAUUAAGUUAUCGUUUUGAAAUUUAUCAUUUUCAAUGGGCUUAUGGUGUUCAUUGUGGUGCAACAUUAUUUAUUUCAGUAUCAUUAAUUGCAGCUAUAUUAACUAGUAAUAUAGAUGAUGUUCAUUAUAUUGAAGCAAUUGAUGAUUCAGCAGUUGAGAAAUAA